AUGGCGACGCAGCAAGACAAAGGAGGCGUGCCUUUCUCCAUUGCCCACGAGAUGCUACACUUCCGCCUGCUCGAGCUCCCACCCGAAGUGGCUGAGCUGAUAGAGAGGCCCAACCCCCCACCGCUGUCCAUCAAGUCGCUAGCCCCUUCUGCUCCUUCUAAUGCAUCGCAUGCGAAGCCUGCAUAUGCGGUACUUUGUACGCCCAACAAGACCUUCCAGCUACGCCAGGUUCAGACGUCCAACUCGCUCUUCGUCACCCAGCCCAUGCUCGAAACCCAUGGCAACGACAUCCCAGUCCCAGAGACAUGUGCAAUUGCAGCCUGCACGGCAACCCUCGAGCUGCACCCCUCGGCCGCACCUGCUGUCACGUUGCUGCGGGAUGCGCUACCAGUGUACGACUUGGUCGCAGGGGACGUCGAUGCACCCAGCAAUGGCAAGAGCAAGCUGAGCGUGUUUGAGGACUUGCCCAUGUCGGAUGGGGAGUGCCAGACGGCAUGGGACAACAUCAUGGCUUUUGAGCUGGAUGACAGCUCCUACCAGCCAUCCCCCAACGCUCUCACGCAAGUAUGGCGGUCUAUAAACGGCGCAGCGCUGGCAGAGGGAGUGAAGCUCGACAGUCAAUUCCUGACUCUUGACAUCACAGAUGCAGUGGCCGAGGAAGGCCAUCCGCCAGGUCUGGUCAAGGCUAUUCUAGCCUACCUGUCUACAGAAGGCACGGAUAGGGAGGGCGCUUGGUCCUCUCUCGAUCGGAAACGGACAGUCCACUUCACUGGGCGAAUGCUGCUGGAAGCCAAGCGUGGCGCCGACUUCCUUAUCGCUGACUUCACCGACACAUGGGAAGACCGACUACCAGAGGCAUGGCGGAAAGACGCGCAGUUGAGUGCUAUCGAAGGAGUCUACGAGUUCCCGACAGAGACAACCAUAAGAACCAGAGCCGGUCAGGGCUCAAAUGAUGGCAGCAGGGAUACGACUGCAAAACCGUCUGCACGAAAGUGGCAUGAGAAGUUUAACAAGACGAGGAAAAAGUAG